UUAUGCUUACCAAACAAUACUUCGUAAGCUGGAAUAGCGUAUAGCUUGCUGUGGUAUGUGCAUUUAUACCGGCACAGCAGCAGUUAGCCCCAGGUGCACGGCGGCACGUUUUCAUUGUCACUAAACAUCAGGAAGCCCGAGUAAAACUUGCGUACCACGUAAACUCGAACAGAUUGCCAUAUUUCCACCCUUUUGCAUGUUUAGCCUUUUAGCUUGCCUAUAUAAGUAUACUUCAGUCCUGAACGCCUGACAGCAUUAUCCAUCCGUGGAGGCGUUGCUUGGAUGGACAAGCAGCCUCUCCGGUUACCGGUUUCCUAGAUAUACAGCAGUUAGGGUGUGGAAGGCCUGGCCAUUUACGAAAGGACAAUUAAUAGUGUCAGCGGCAAGGAGAUACAAUUGCUAGAUAGUCGCGUCAGUUGCAGAAGAAUCGGGCUACAAGGCUUGCCGUAAUUUAAACCGGUGCAAGCGCGCCAUUCAGCCAUGAGCUCUAACGCGGAGGAGGCGGUGGCACAGCAACCGCAGGUGAAACGGGUUCGUAUAAAUCCUUCAGCAGUACAGCCUCAGCCGCUUCCCAGCGGCUCUGCGACUGCGGGCCCAUCGUCGGCAACCGGCACCACCAUGGCUCCUCCGCCCACGACCGAUCCCUCACAGCUCCAGAACAUCACAAAGCCUUCGGCUGCAUCAGCUCCGCUAUCAAGUCUACCCCAUGUACCACAGCCUCUUCCACCUCCAAGCACCUCGUCCGCAUCCACUCCUCAACCCAUCCCAGCCAUCGCCGUUGCUCCUGCCGCUGCCACCAAGCCCAAGCCAGCUGUCACAGCAUCCAACAACUUCAUCGCAGAUGCUCAUGAGGCGGUGCGCUUCCGUGCGGUGUACGGCCGGGAUCCAACCGCGCUGGCCGCUGAAAUCGCCGCUGGAGGCCAGCUGGUGACAGUUGACUUCCUCCACCAGCACUUUGGCGAUGCGGAGCAGAUCCGCGGCUACUCGGGGCUCGUCAUCACGAUCUGGAUCCACGUGCAGACCUACCACGUGUGGGUGGACAUCCGCUACGCCGCCAAGCGCCCCGGUGCUGACAAACUGAGCUCCGUGUUUGAGGGCGCCUUCCCCUCGGGCUACUGCCGUACAAAGGAGGAGUUCAUCUCCACCUCGGUCGCCACUGCCGCCGCCCUGCCCGACCUUCUUACCCUGGGGGAGUGCGUGGGUGCCGUACCGCUGCCCGCAUCCGCCACACCCGCAGUGUACGGCACCCUUCCGCCGCCUCCUUCGUCGCACCCGCAUGACCCGGCCCCAGCCUCCACAGCAGCAGCAGCAACAGCAAGCGGCGAUGUGCAGCCACCGCAGCAGCCACCGCAGGCGGGAUCAGGAGCGGGGAAUGCGGCGGGGGGCAGGGGGGGAGGUGUUGGAGAGGGGAGCAGCAGCAGGGGUGGGGUGGAGGUGUCCGUACGGCGGUUCCAGAUCAGUACGGCGCCCCCGGAGGUCAAGGCGCUGCACGCACGCAUGGAGCCGCUGCUGCUCUUCACCAUUGACGGCGCCAACUUCAUCGAUGCGGACGACCCGCAGUGGGAGCUGCUGCUGCCGGUGGCGCGGGCGGCGGACGGGGGGUGUCUGGUGAUGGGCCUCACCACGCUGUUCAACUUCUACGCCUACCCGGCCUCGUGUCGCCUGCGGGUCAGCCAGGUGCUGGUGCUCAGCCCCUGGCAGGGCCUGGGGCUGGGUAAGGCCCUUUUGAAGCUGUCGUACGAUCUGGCUCAAGCUCGCGGCUGCGCUGAUCUGACGGUGGAGGACCCCACCCCCAACCUGCAGCGGGUGCGUGAGAAGCUGGAGGUGGAGAUGAUGCGCGGACUGGACUGGGUGCGGGCGCAGGCACACAAGUGUCUAGAGGCAGCGGCCUGCGGGGAGACCUCCUGGCCUGCAUGGCAGCCGCCCGCCUCCCUCGCCGCCGCGGACGCCGCCGCCGCACCCGCUGCCUGCACGUCGGCUGCUGCGGACACCUCGGCCACCACCACCACCACCACCACCAGCGGCACCACCUCCUCAACCGCUAUGGACGUAGACACCGACCAGCCGCCACCAGAUGAGCAGCUGCAGGAUCAGCAACGGCAGCCGGAGGCGGCAGGUCGGCAGCAGGGCCCGCAGCACCCGCUGCUGGCCAGCCACGCCUUCUUCUCGGCCCUCGGCGCAGUGCCGCCCGAGUCGCAGAGCCUGCCUGAGGCCGUCCUGGCGGAGGCGACGGCGGCGGCUGCGGAGCGACUGCGCUCCUGCAGAAGCCGGGCGACAGAGGCGGAGACGGGGGGAGCGGGGGGUGCGGCGGCAGAUGGGGCUGCAGCUGCCGAUGCAGCAGCCGCAGAUGCCGCAGGCACAGGCGCCGCGGAGGUUGCUGCGACCGCCGGCGGUGCGGAGGUUGCGGAGGCGGCAGGCGGCCAGGCGGGUGGGGAUGAUGCCGCCGAGGGGCCGGUGUUCGGCGCGCUGGUUCCGAGUGCGGCGUUCGUGUCAGCUGUGACACGGGAGCUGAAGAUGCAUCGAGGCCAGGUCCGAGUGGUGUGGGAGGCCCUGCUGUGGUGCACGCCGGGAGCGCUGUCGCGACCCGUGCUUCGGUCGGCCCUGGAGGCGCUAGUGCAGCGCAGGCUGGAGCUGCAACACUUCUCCUCAGUCGGCCGCAUCGCCGCCUCAAAGCGCCUGGUGGACACGCUCCGUACGACAGUCAAGGCCGCGGGGGGAGCCGAGCCGGGCGACGAGGUGCCCAACUCCAUGAUGCCCGACUUCUUCAUGUACCGACCCAUGGGUCCGCGCUCGGCGGUAGCCAGCUCGGCCUCCGGCAGCAGCAGCGCGGCGGCGGCGGCGGACACGGAUGCGGUGGCGGUCGGCCGCCUGAACCUGACGCAGGUGUCAGCACAGGACAAGGCCAGCCGCAUGUCGGAGCUGCUGCAGGAGCGCCGGCAGCAGCUGGAGUCCCUGUCUGCUGUCCUGAACAGGCAACAGCAGCAGAAGCGGCCGCAGCAGCAGCAGCCGACAACACAGCAGCAGCAGGCAGCUGGAGGUGGCGGCAGUGGUGCAUGUAGCGGCGGUGCUGGGGUCGGGUCUGUCGCGCCUGCUGCAGCGGGGACGAAGCGCAAGGCGACGGACGUGGCUGCAAUGAUGAAGGCCCUGGAGGGUAGGUUCUAAUGGUGGUUUGAGGACGGGUUGCAGCGGGUUGGGUGGCGGAAGGGGAGGAAGGCAGGAGCGAUGUUGGUUGUGUCGUAGGGUAGCUUGGAAGGCGUUAGGAAGCGCCAUAGCGCACCGGGUCAGGCCAGGUUGGUGCGAGGCUGGUGGGUUUGGGGUGUUACCGUGCGAGCGGCGGCUGUUGGCGUGAUGGCGGUUGACGGCAGAACAUGGAAGGAUCUGCAGGUUGGGCAGAGGGGCGUAAACGCAAAAGCGCAACAUUCUCCGCGCAGUGACAGGGAGUGUUGGAGCAUGCGUGCAUAGCUUGUGGUUACAGGUGCCGGGUUAGGUGUAGGGUGCGAUGCUACAGGUGCUAGGUUAGUAACAAGGCAGACCUUUUAUGCAUUGAAUGCUCGAGGACGUUGGAUGGCCAAAUGUAUUCAGCCACGUUCGUAAGGAGUGUGCUGGUGGAGGGGAGCUGCUGCUACCGGUAUAACGUUGUGUACCAGGGGAUGUAUGCAACGGAGGCUUGCAACUGCUUCGGGCUUCUACAAGAACUGUUCGCUGAUUGCGGGGCAUUAAGUGAUUGUUAGGGC